AUGGACACAGUCUUGCCUUUUUAUUUACAAAAAUCAAUAUUAGAUCAUAUUAAAAAUCCGAUUAUUCUUUUAAAAAUCGAAAGAGUUCAUAAAAUUUGGUAUAAUAUUAUUCACAAUCGUAUUUCCCAGUCUGACCGAUGGCGGAAACUGUGUUUAAAAUAUAUUCCAUCAAAUUUAAUAUGUACUAUUGUGACAAGAUCAUUUCCCAGACUUUUGAUUACAAAUUUCAAAAAAAUUUCGAACAGUAACAUUUGGUAUUGUACAUUUCGCUCUUACAGAAGAUGGUUACUAAAAUGGAAUUUUCAAAUUAAUCACGAAACGAUUGAUAAUUUGUCCAAAGAAUCUUUUCAACCAGAAAAAAUAACUUGUACCGCUACUUGGGAUAAAUAUUUUGCUGUGGGAACUACCAAAGCUCUUAUAUACUUAUUUAAUAUCGAUGAUUUGAGCGAACCAUUUCUUACAAUUGAUAAUGAACAAUAUUUAUCGCAAAUUACAUUUUGGUAUCCUAAUAAAGAUUCUAGAAUAUUAAUCUUAGUUUCAAGGUCGUUGGAAAAAAAUCUCAAAUUUUGGAAUUUACCGAAUGGAAGGAACAUUACAACUGAUGAUUACUAUUAUUCUUAUAAAGCCAAAUAUUUAUGCGUCGGUACUAUGAAUAAUUUAUUUGGGAAAUAUCAUAAUGUUAUAAGUGAAUAUGGAAUAGUCUCAGACAAAAUAACUUACAAAAGACGUAUCCAGUUACAUAUGAGAGAUGAUAAUGGUAUUUCUGUACUUUUUUCUCAAGAAAACAAAUUAUUAAAAUUAUCGUCAGAUGCAUUGAGUAUUUAUCAGUAUGAGAUAAAAGUUCCAUCUGAUGAUGAGGAAUCCUUGCAAUUCAUGCGUCGAAGAAAAUCGAUUAUAUCAAACAUCAUUUAUCCCAGAGACGAUUAUUUGUAUUUUUUACUCAGUCUCAAAAACAAGCAAAUUACAAAAUUUUAUUUAAGAAAAAAACAACUUUAUUAUUUAGCUGAAGAUAUAGCAGUUUUAGUGUCUAAAAAUAAUAAUUGUAUUUUAAUUUACGAUGAAGUCGAACAAUGGAAAGAAUAUAAUCCUUUUGAAAAAUUUACUGGAAUAAUAACAUCAGCAGUUUUGCAUGGAAAAACUUUCAUCUUCGGCUUCCAUACGGGUGAAGUACAAAUAUAUGCUUUGAAAAACAUCGAACAGUUGAAAUUAUCUCAACUAAAUCCAGAUUCGUCAAUAAAACAUCAAUUCAUGAAAAACGAACCAAUUAUUUCUUUAAAUAUUACUGAAACUCAAAACAAACUUUAUAUUUUUGCAUCAACAAGAUUUAAAACUCAUAUUAUCACUUUUUUUUAG